AUGUAGCCAGCACUCUCAGCCUUCUUCAUGCUCCUCUUUGUCCUUCUGUGUCUCCUGGGAAUCCUGGCCAAUGGCUUCAUUGUGCUGGUGCUGAGCAGUGAAAUGAUGUGGCGUGGGAGGCCGCUUCCCUCUGACAUGAUUCUCAUUAGCUUGGGUGCCUCUCACUUCUGCCUGCUGGUUGGGAUGGUGAACAGCUUCUACUACUUCCUCUACCUGAAUGAGUACAGCAGUGGUCCUGCGCGGCAGCUCAUUGGUCUCCACUGGGACUUCCUGAACUCGGCCUCCUUUUGGUUCAGCUCUUGGCUCAGUGUCCUCUUCUGUAUGAAGAUUGUUAACUUCACCCACCCGACUUUCCUUUGGCUGAAGUGGAGGUUGCCAGGGUCAGUGCUCUUCAUGGCUUCUCUCCUGAUCUCUUUCAGCAUCACCCUGCUCUUCUCUUGGGGAGACCACGCUGUGUAUCAAAGAUUUUUAAUUAGAAAAUUUCCUGGGAACAUGAAGGAGUGGAGCAGGAGGCUGGAAAUUCACUGUUUCUUGCCCCUGAAACUUAUCACCUUGUCAGUUCCCUGCCCUGUCUUUCUGUUCUCAAUUGCGCUGUAUUCUCUGAGGUGACAUACAGGGAGAACGCAGCACAGCGCCCAUAGCCCACAGGACCCCAGUGGCCAGGCUCACACCAGAGCUCUGAAGUCUCUCAUCUCCUUCCUCAUUCUUUUUGCUCUGUCUUUUGCAUCCCUGGUCAUUGAUGGUGUGGGUUUCUUCUCCUCAGAGAAUGACUGGUACUGGCCAUGGCAGAUUUUAACCUACCUGGGCACAUCCGUCCAUCGCUACAUCCUCAUUCUCAGCAACCUCCAGCUUUGAGGGUUGUGCAGGUAGCUACUUCUGUUAGCCAGGGGCUUCCAGCUGUCCUAG